CUGAAGUUGUUGAGCAAGUGCACAGGACGCAGGAUGGGCCGUGUGAUCAGGGCACAGAGAAAGGGAGCGGGCUCUGUCUUUAAAGCCCACGUCAAGCACAGGAAAGGUGCUGCUAAACUCCGGCACAUUGACUUCGCCGAACGCCAUGGCUACAUAAAGGGAAUUGUGAAGGACAUCAUUCACGACCCGGGCCGUGGCGCUCCCCUGGCUAAGGUGGUGUUCCGUGACCCAUACAGGUUCAAGAAAAGGACUGAGCUGUUUAUUGCCGCUGAGGGCAUCCACACUGGGCAGUUCAUCUUCUGUGGCAAGAAAGCCCAGCUGAACAUUGGCAAUGUGUUGCCUGUUGGUGGCAUGCCUGAGGGUGCCAUCAUCUGCUGCGUGGAGGAGAAGCCUGGUGACAGGGGAAAGCUGGCUCGUGCGUCCGGAAACUACGCCACUGUCAUCUCCCACAACCCAGAGACAAAGAAGUCCAGAGUGAAGCUUCCUUCUGGAGCCAAGAAGGUCAUCUCUUCAUCUAACAGAGCUGUUGUUGGAAUCGUUGCUGGUGGUGGUCGUAUUGACAAGCCUAUCCUGAAGGCAGGACGUGCCUACCACAAGUACAAGGUCAAGAGGAACUGCUGGCCUCGUGUCCGUGGUGUGGCCAUGAAUCCUGUUGAGCAUCCGUUCGGUGGUGGUAACCAUCAGCACAUUGGCAAACCCUCAACCAUUAGGAGAGAUGCGCCCGCUGGGCGCAAGGUUGGUCUCAUCGCUGCCCGUCGUACUGGCAGACUGCGUGGAACAAAGACCGUCCAGGAGAAAGAAAACUAAAUGCAUCUUCAUAAUAAAAUAUUUCCCAAUAAAGG